UUAGCUCAUAGUUUAGUGCUUGCAUUUAUACAUAAUAGUAAGAAAUAAUGCAAAGCUUGGUAUUUCUUCACACACUACUUGGAAUCUUAAACUUAUUUUUUCAUGCCACCUGUGCAAGCUACGGUGGCUGGCAGACUGCCCAUGCCACGUUCUAUGGUGGCAGCGAUGCUUCCGGCACAAUGGGAGGAGCAUGUGGAUAUGGAAACAUGUACAGCCAAGGAUAUGGAACUAACACAGCAGCUUUAAGCACAGCUUUGUUCAGCAAUGGAUAUAGUUGUGGUGCCUGCUUUCAAAUACGGUGCCACAAUGAUCCUAAGUGGUGUCUCUCUCGCACCAUUACUGUUACAGCUACAAAUUUCUGUCCUCCUAAUUACGAGCUGCCGACUGAUAAUGGCGGAUGGUGCAAUUCCCCUCGUCAACAUUUUGAUUUAGCAGAGCCUGCUUUCUUGCAAAUUGCUCGUUAUAGUGCCGGAAUAGUUCCCGUCCUCUUCAGAAGGGUACGUUGCGUGAAGAAAGGAGGAGUGAGAUUCACAAUUAAUGGUCAUUCAUAUUUCAACUUGGUGUUGAUAAGUAAUGUGGGAGGUGCAGGGGAUGUCCGGGCGGUGGCGAUCAGAGGAUCAAGAACAGGGUGGCAAACCAUGUCCAGAAACUGGGGCCAAAAUUGGCAGUCCAAUUCAUACCUCAAUGGCCAAACCCUUUCCUUUAGAGUCACCACUAGUGAUGGUAGAACUAUCACCAGCAACAAUGUCGUCCCUUCCAAUUGGCAAUUCGGACAAACUUUCAAAGGCGGUCAAUUCUAGUAAAAUGUAAUUUGCUUCAACUACUGUAAUAUAUAUAAUAUAGCCAUGUCUCGUUUUCUAUGUUAUGCAUACGUUAGCCAACAGGCACCUAAGCUUUCAAGGGCUGAUGUAGUGUACAUGUACAAGGCAAUAACAUUUAUAAAUUGCGAUAAUUAUUUUCA